AUGAAGUUCCUCGCAACCCUCGCUCUUAUGGCCACUGCGGCCUUGGCCACCCCGGUCGCCAAAUCGCCCAAGGAAUUUCACUUGAAGACCGCGGGCGCCAGCAAUGCCAAGUUUAAUGACCUCUUCGUCUACGCCUAUCACACUGGUGCCGGAUUCAACGAUGCCGUGCUCUCCAAGGACAACACCAUCGCCAGCGCGUUCUACUUUAAUGGCACCAUGGCUUUGGCGGACCUCAAGACUGAGUUCCCGUGGGGCAUGAUUGCGCCUGGUGAUGCCAACUAUGCCUCGUGGGAGCCAAUCUUGAUCAACGCUGGUAGCGGCACAGAGGGAUUCUCCAUCGACAAGGGCAAUUUUGUCUGGUCGAAAGAUUAUGGUUUCGGUGGCUGGCUUGUCUGCGACUGGUAUCACAACGCGCCCCAGCUGUUCUACCUGAACCGUUAUUAUCAGGCAAAUAUUCCUUCCAGCUGCAGCAAAGUGCAGCUCAAGCCCAUCUCCCUCUAG